AUGACUGUAUCUCAGUCUGCAAAGGCCAAGCCGGCCUCCAAAGCCAGCAAUGGCAAGCCCAAGACCAAGACUCAGAUGCACCGUCGCUCAAGAACAGGCUGCUACACUUGUCGUUUGCGACGCAAGAAAUGCGACGAGGGAACUCCUAUGUGCACAGCCUGCAAGCACCUCGGCUUGCAGUGCGAGUACAAGCGACCCAUGUGGUGGAGCAACAAUGAUAUGCGAAGGAAGCACAAGGAGGACAUCAAGAUGAUCAUCAAGCGCAAGAAGCUCUCUGAGAAGUCAUCUCACAACAUUCAGAACUCUGUCACCAGCUCUCCUCCUGGUCUUACCCACUCUCUUCCCACAUCAGCCACCUUCACUGAUCCUCUCGACCGUACAAGAUCUGCUUCCAUCGACUCUCAAUACCCUGCUGCCUUCAACUUCAACAGCCCCCCAAGCAGUAACGAGUAUGGCUUUGGUGCUCCCAUGCACCCCGAGUUCAUGUUUGGUAGCUACUCGCCAUAUGAGAUUGACGUCAAGACAGAGCGACAAAUGUUUGUCAACGAUGUCCCUACAGUUCGCGAAUCACACAUCUCCACCUUCAGCACUUACCACACUCCUCCUCCUGCCGGUACAGUCCUUCCCCAUGGUCUGGAUGGUGAGUGGGCCGAGCAGGUGUUCCAAGAGCGCAAGGAAUCCCUCUCUGAAGAGACACUCAACUGCAACUUCUUCGACUUCCCUCACGGUCCUUCAACAGAGUCGAGACAGAUUCAGCUUGAGCUUGAUGAGAACGACCAGCGCCUGUUGGAUCACUUCAUCCAGUUCGUGUUGCCAACAAUCUUCCCAAUCCUCGAGUCCAACCAACACUGCUCAGUCGGCUCCGAUCUUGUUCUCCCUGCUCUUCAGUCAAACAGCGCUUACCUUCACUGCUGUUUGAGUGUUGCUGCCCAGCACCUCAAGUCGCACACCAACUCCUCUACCGAGGAGCUCGACAACGACAUUAUGCGACAUCGCUAUGCUACUAUCUGGGCUCUUUGCGAGGCGCUCAAGAAGGAUGAGAACCACCAGCAAAUUCUCGAGGCAACUCUCGGUCUCAUCUUCUUCCAGUCCGUCGUCGGUCGCUAUGAUGACGGCUUGUUGGACAUCCCAUGGCACCAACACUUCCAAGCUGCCAUUAGCUUGGUACAGAAGCUUGACCUGCCUGGCAUGGUCACUGACCCCACCCGAGCUUCCAUGCAAACUCCCUUCAACAUGUCUCUGUCCUCAUGGAUCGACAUUCUUGGCGCUACCAUGAAGGGUAGAUCACCAACCUUUGCUCACACUUACCGCGAGAAGCACCUUUCUCAGUUCAACCCUAGUCUUGGACUGCGCGAGCUUAUGGGCUGUGAAGACCGAGUCAUGUACCUCAUUUCUGAGAUCGCCUGCCUCGAGUCCCUCAAGAAGGACGGCAUGGAUGACUUCACUCUCUGCCAGCAUGUUUCUGCGCUUGGUGAGCAGAUCAGCUUGACCGAGAUGGGAGAUGCGGGCCCCAAGAUGCCCUUCAACGCCAACGGAAGCCUUUCACCCAAGCAGCUUUCUAAGAACAUGACCAUGGCCUUCCGCAUUGCCGCGCGCAUCUACCUCUGCAGCCUGGUUCCUGGCUUCAACCCCAGACAACCUUCCACCAUGGGACUGGUUGAGAAGCUGACAAAUGUGCUCCAGCACAUCCCCUCGGGCCCCAAUGGAUUUGACCGCAACCUUGCUUGGGUCUAUCUCAUUGGCGGUUCCACCAGCGUCCCUGGUAGCACAUUCCGAGCUUUCUUUGAAGAUCGCCUUGCCCAGCUCGGUGAUGCAGGUCGAUUUGGUACCAUGGGACGUGUUUCCACCCUCCUACACGAGGUGUGGGCACAAAAUGAUAGCCUCUCGGGCGUUAGCACACCCGGGUCCACGACGUCUGAGGCGACCCAGCUGCACAUCCACUGGCGGGAUGUCAUGGAAUCGAAGGGAUGGGACUUUUUGUUGAUCUGA